UUGUUACGAACUUUGUAUUCUUCAAUCCAAACGUGUCGUCCAUUCGCCAUUUCUCAUUCGUCAUUCGUGUUUCUCUUCAGCUGAUAAGCUGUUGCAUCAGCAUCAUACUUACACUGUAGUUUUUCCGGUACAUUCGUGACUCGUGUUACGUGUAUUAAUACUAAUUACUCGAUUAGAUACUCGUGUAGUUUUGUGUAGUGUGUAAUGAUUUACGUGCUAUUUAUUUAGACUGCAACGAAUAACUUUCAAGACGAAAAUCAUGCCCGAAUUUGAGAAAAGAAGAUAUCAAAUCGAACUCAUCGAAAAAAUCAAACAAACGAAUGCUAUUCUGUUUCUACCCACAGGCAGUGGUAAAACGUUCAUCGCAUUAGAAAUUAUCAAACACAUGCAGGAUGAUUUGCAGAAACCACUUUCAAAAGGUGGUAAAAGGACUAUUUUCCUCGUGAAUACAGUCGCUCUGGUAGAGCAGCAUCAUUCGUUCCUCAAGAAAAAUAGCUCGCUCAGAAUCAAAUCGAUAAGUGGAGACUUGCACUCAUCGUUGAACAAAUCAGAAUUCUGGACUCGGACCCAAAACGAAUUUCAAGUAUUGAUUAUGACUUCCCAGAUUUAUCUGAAUGCGUUGACUCAUGCUCACAUGAGCUUGAAGAACGCUAAUUUGAUUAUUUGCGACGAAUGCCAUAGCGCCGUUCACGAUCAUCCUAUGAGAAAAGUAAUGACGUUGUUUGAAAAAUGCGACGAAAAAGAUCAUCCUAAAGUAUUGGGGUUGAGUGCCACUUUACUAAAUGCGAACACAACGAGUUUAUUGUUCAAAGAACAACUCAAUUGUUUGGAAAAUACAUUUAGAUCGAAGAUCAUUACUUCGAAGCACGUUAACGAAGUCAAAAAAUUCUCCACGAAACCCAAAGAACGACGUGAACCACUUCCUCGGUACCAAUCUCCACGUAAAAUCACCAGUCAAAUUGAAGCUUUGGUUGAAAAACCCAUCGAUAUUUUGAGCUCGCUUAAAUUGAAAAAUGUCGAUAUUCCUCAACCUCAAUGUUCGGGCGAUAAGUUACUCAACGAUCGAGGAGAAAAUCGUGCCAAGAUGUUAAAAAAUUGUUUAACUGAUCUAAUGGUCCAUCUCGAAGAGUACGGUUUAUUCUUCUGUUAUUCUGGGUGUAAUAUGUACAUUACCCAACUUGAACGUAUUAUGACGGAGAAGAAAGAAGAAAAAGUAUAUUGCGAUGCUUUACUCAUGAUGAUCAAUUUACUGAAAGUAAUUAGGAAAUUACUAAAAAUGGAAAUGCAGUGCAGUGAGGAUACUCGAAAGGUCAAAGUGAUCGAAAUCGAAAAAAAUUGCGCUGAAAAACUUUCGUACCUGUUAACCCAGUUAAAGAACCUGACCCCAUCUGACAAAUGUAUCGUAUUCGUUCAAAGACGAAUGACUGCUAAAAUUUUGUCGGAAAUUAUCAAGAUAUUCUUCAAAGAAAUGAAAAUCAAAUUAGCGGUCGAUCACAUGAUAGGAUCAUCUGCCCAUCCUCUGAGAAAUUCGAGAGACGAUGCUCAUGAUAAGAAAUCCAAUCAGAGAGUCAUGGAAGAGUUUAGAUGCGGAAAAAUUAAUGUACUGGUGGCUUCUAACGUACUGGAAGAAGGUAUAGAUAUGCCGGACUGCAACGCCGUCUUUAUGUACGAUUUUCCUAAAACGUUCAGAUCCUACGUUCAGAGUAAAGGAAGAGCUCGAAGGGCAGACAGUUCUUACGUUUUAUUGAUGGAUGAAGAAGAUGAAAAAUCUUUUAAAAGCAUCGACGAUUAUCAAGAUCUUGAGAAGAAAUUAGAAAAUGCGGUUGCUUCGUUCGAUAUUUCGCACGAAUUCUACGAUAAUAACGAUGAAGUUUAUACCACGGUUAAUGGAGCUAUUCUCAUCAAAACUCAAGCUAUCAGUAUUAUUAACAGAUAUUGUUCCUCUCUAUCUCAGGAUAUUUUUACGGAUUUGACUCCGUUGUGGUGGCAAAAUGAUGAGCGACAAGACGGAUGCAUUUGUAAAUUGCAAUUCCCUAUGAAUGCGGCGAUUAAAGAUAUUAUAGAGGGUCCAGUAUGCAGCAAUAUUACUGACGCUAAACACGCGGUUGCUUUCAAAGCUGUUAAAAUUCUGCACGAGAUGAAUGCCUUGGACGAUCAUUUUCAUCCUGUACGAGAAAUUAUACACCCGGAAGAUGAACAGUAUUGGUUUCCUUACUGGAAUGAUAAGGGUACAGAGGACGAUGGAAAGAAAUCAUCCGUUAGAGAAGUUGAUAUGAAAGUUCCAAAAUACUUGAAAAAUUGCCGUCCGGUUGCGAAUGAGAAAUGUUACUUGCAUGUGAUCCACAUCAAGCCGAAGUAUCCCAAACCAACCAUAAAUGAUCGAAAAAAAUGCGGCGAAUUGUUGACAUCUCCCUACGAAUUGGGUAUAAUCACCAAGAAUCGAUUACCCCAGGUUUGUGAUUUUCCAGUAUUCUCCGAUUUGGGAGAAGUUGAAAUCAGUAUCGGAACAAAUUUUUGUUCUUACGCCGCCACCGCCAUAACAGAAGAAAUAAUAUCGGCCCUUGCGAAAUUUCAUCGCGAAGUAUUCUUAAAAGCCAUUCAAGUUGUGAAGAAAUUCUUGGUCUACUCGGGAAAAAAUGAUCCCACGGGAUACUUGAUUGUACCGUUGAAACCAUCACGUAAAUAUGGAUUUGAAAUAGAUUUCGAUGUAGUUAUCAAACAGUGGGAAAUUUUUGAUGUGGAAGAACCUUCUGAAAAACAACGCAAAGAAACCGUAUACGAUAAGAAUAAUUAUUUGGAGAGUGUUUUGAUACCUUGGUAUAAAAGACAGACGAAUUCCAAGAUGUAUUACAUAGUCACGAACGUAGACGAACGUAAGAAUUUGAGCAAACCUUUCCAUGGCGGAAAACACGGCUCGUUCGCCGAUUACUACGAGAAGAAACACAAUUUGAAAGCGUUGAGCCCAAAUCAACCGCUGAUGGAAGCUCGAGCUAUUACUCACAAUUUGGAUUGCCUUCGACCAAGAGGUGUAUCUAGCGAACAAUCGAAAAAAAAGCGACAGGAAUUUUUUUUGGUUCCCGAAUUCUGCAUCAAGCAGACGUUUCCGGCUCGUUAUUGGUAUAAGGCUACUCUUUUGCCUACGGUGUUGCACCGUUUACAUCAUCUUCUGUUGGCAGAAGAGCUACGAGAAAAAAUCGUAAUCGAAGCGGGAAUAGGCAGAUUGGAAUGGCGUAAAAACGAAAACGACGUUCUCGCAAUAUUCGAUAAAUAUAAUAUACCAAAAAAUGUUCAAAAUUGCGAAGAAGAUUUUGCUAAGGUCAGUAUAAGUGGAAGCCUUCCUGAAACAAACCAUCUGCCGACCCUGAGUACAUUGAAGGAACAUACGUACGAAGGUCCCAGACAGAAAGAGAUAUUCCAGGCGUUGACUCCUGCCGGAUGUAACGAUAUACUUGAUCUAGAACGUCUGGAAACACUCGGAGAUAGUUUUCUAAAAUUCGCAGUUUCGGUUACCGUUUUCCGCGCAAAUAUCACUCGUGGUGAAGGUUAUCUAACCACAUUGAAAAGCAAAUUGGUUGGUAAUCGUAAUCUAUUGUAUUGUGGCAAUAGAUUUAAUCUCGCGUCGUUCAUCAAAACGAAUACUUUCUCGGCUCAUUCCAAUUGGUGUCCUCCUGGAUUUGGAUUACCGCCGAUUCUGAAAGCACUUUGGGAAGAUAAAAUAACUCGCCUUUCGGUGAUUUUUCAUUUGAGAAUUCCGUAUGCGGAUCAAUUCUCGGGUAUUCUAUCCAAAAAUACCUUGGCGACCAUGAAGGAUGACGUUGAAAAAUUCAUUACAACGAUAGACGAUGACACGGAUACUCGAGAAGAAGACCAAAAAACAAAGUGUUUUUUCGGAAAACAAUUCGUCAGCGAUAAAACCAUCGCUGAUGUUGUCGAAGCAUUAGUAGGAGUCUACGUAAAAACCGGAGGAAUCCAACCAGCUUACCAAUUACUGAAUUAUUUCGGUAUAUUAGCUAAAUCGAAGUAUAACGAAGUGAUGAACACUCAAGCCCCUUCGCCGUUACUUGAAAACCGUGAACUUGCGAUCGAAACGGUAAUUCCGGAGUAUAAGAAAUUGGAGAACUUAUUGUCGUAUAGGUUUCGAGAUAAGGCUUACAUUCUGCAAGCCUUUACUCAUGCUUCGUACCUUGGAAAUACGAAGACCGAUUGUUAUCAGACUUUGGAAUUUAUUGGCGAUGCUGUUUUGGAUUUUUUAAUAACUAGCUACAUCUAUGAAUAUUGUGGCGAUUUACCUCCUGGUAAAUUGACCGACUUGAGGUCCGCUUUGGUCAACAAUAACACUUUCGGAGCUAUUUCCGUUCGUUUAGGCCUCCAUAAAUUUUUAUUGAGCGACAAUGAAAUAUUAACCGAUGCGAUAGAUAACUUUGUAAAGUACCAGAAGCGUAAUAAUCAUCAAAUUGGUGGAAUUGAGGUGAUGAAGGUUACUACGGAAGAUGGUACAGAGCUGGCUGAAGAAGUGGUAGUGCCUAAAGUGUUGGGCGAUAUUUUCGAAUCUCUGGCUGGAGCCAUUUAUCUGGACUCUGGAAACAAUUUGCAGGAAGUCUGGAGAAUUUACUACCAUUUCAUGAAAGAAGAAAUUGAAAAAUUCUCUCGUAAUAUUCCAAUAAAUCCGAAAAGAGCUGUUUACGAAAUACCCAAUGCAAAAGUGAAGUUUACUAAAGAUCAUCCGCAAUUGAAAAAAUACUCUGAGGACAAAAUGAUAAUGAAGUUGAGCGUUAUAAAAGAUAACAAAGAAUUCUCGUUUUACGGCAGAGGAGAAAAUAAGCAUUAUUGUAAACGAGCAGCUGCGAAAUCAGCUUUAAAGCAUUUUUACAAGAAGACUGUUUUCGUAAUUUGAGUCAUUGCUCUCUAAGUUUUUUUUUUUCGUUUCCUUGUUUUUGUAAUUUGAGUCAUUGCUCUCUAAGUUGUUUUUUUUCGUUUCCUUUCGUUAUUGUUAUUUUUUAAAAAAUGUAUUAUUAUUUUAUAGUGACUUGACAAUGUUUUUUCAUUUUUUUAUUUUUUUUUACUAAGAAAUUCAAGUACCUGGUAGGACUGAAAUUUAGUGAUAAUGCAGGUAUCACUUUAAUUUUUUUGUAAUACAUUUUUCAGUAUA